AUGAAGAAAAGAAUUAAACAGCAAAGCCGAGAACUUUUCGAGAGUCCCAUGGGUAAAAAAAAACAUCUUGAUGAGAACGGGGGGAAAGAAAUAUCUAAGCGAAGAGACGAAAUGUUAUUGGGAAAAAUAAGCUCAGUGCAAUUUAGCCGAUCGAAGGAUCAACAUCGUUUUCGAAAUUCAAGCUAUUUGCGUGAAAAAAAUAAAGAAAAAGAAAAUCGAAAAGUUUUGUGGCUUUUGAGAAUAUUUUGUGGACAAUUAAAAACUUUUAAAUCAAUGAUUAAGAACAAUUUCAUUGAUUUUUGGUGUGAAGAAGUUUAA